AAACUUCCAGUUGGUUCCGUUAGGCUGUGGGCUUGAUGGAUUUAGUCGUAUUUUCGUGACGCUAAGUGACGGGUUCGACGUAGAACGCGAUUCAGUAUUUGCAUUCCGGUCGCGCUUGUGGUUAAUUCCUCCGUGUCGGUUUAGUAUUCUCUCGACUGGGACGCCGACAGUCCGCUCAAAGAUACGGAAGUACCAAGUUUUGCCAGUUGCCGGUUGUUUGCGCGUUACGUGGGAGGUAAAAGCCACUACCUUUGCCGGACGAGUGAGAGAAGUUCAUCUACGUUACAAGGACGUUUCCUUAAGCGUACAAUAAGAUGACGUCGUGGCAGAACAAUCCUGGUGGUGGAUACUAUCCAGGACAACAAGAUUCCAUAGGGUGGUGACUCGUUAUAUUUUCAUCGCAUAAAAAUUAGUUGCGAUGUACUCUUAGGUCCAGGUCCAAUUCCAAGCCAUAAUCCCGGAUACCCCGGAUAUCCCCCACCUUACGGAGGUGGACCCCCUCCAGGACCAGGUUUCGUUCCACCAGGUGCUCCUCCUUACGGCCAAGUGCCACCCCCUGCAGGAGUUCCUUUUGGGGGCCAACCACAGCCUGGAAUGUACGGCUCGAAUUAUGCAGAUGAUCCUGCACAGGAUCAAGGGGAGGUCAAGGGGUUUGAAUUCAGUAAUGACACCAUAAGACGAGGAUUUAUCAGGAAAGUGUACCUGAUUCUGAUGUGUCAACUGUUAAUAACAUUGUCGAUGAUUACUUUGGUUUUGUAUCACAAGCCCACCAAUUUGUGGGUUCGUCGACAUCCGGAACUGUUUUGGAUAUCUUUCAUUAUAACUUUUGUCCUACUGAUUUCGAUGGCUUGCUGUACCAGUGUUAGAAGAAAGUCGCCGAUGAACUUCAUCUUCUUAUUAAUGUUUACAUUGGCGGAGGGUUUACUCCUGUCCAUAGCAUCAUCUUUGUACAAAGCGGAAGAAGUUUUAAUGGCAGUCGGGAUCACAGCUGCAAUUUGCCUUGCGCUAACAAUCUUCGCCUUCGUUACCAAAAUCGACUUCACGGUAUUGCAUACCAUUCUUUUCAUGUCCGUUUUCGUUCUCCUCCUCUUUGGAAUACUGGCAAUAAUCUUCCCCGGUAAAAUCAUGUCCUUGGUUUACGGUUCGUUAGGGGCGCUUUUGUUCUCGGUAUAUUUAGUUUACGAUACCCAAAUGAUGAUGGGCGGUAAGCACAAGUACUCCAUCUCACCCGAGGAGUACAUCUUCGCAGCUUUGAGCCUCUACCUCGAUGUCGUCAAUAUCUUCUUGUACAUCCUGACCAUAAUUGGAGCGUCCCGGGAUUAGCAAAAAUAAGACGGCAAAAGUCACUUUGCAGCUGCUUAAUCCAAAACUUACAAAGGAUGUUUAUACGAUAUGUGCGUAAAUUUUGAUUCCGCUAUGGCUCAGAGAAAGCACGCGACUCAAAAGCCUUGCAGAAAGUCAUAAAGCAAGCGGUACAUUUUCCAUAAGAAAGGACUGAUGACGGGAGAAUGGGUUUUAAAACCACCUAGUUCCAAGCGUUAUAGCUUUAGUUAGAUUGCCUUAUUUUCUAAGCUCGUUGUACUCUUUCACGUUACCUAAUAAUAUAUCGUUCAUUUAUCCCUUUCAUAUAUUCAUUACAUUCGCGAAUUGUAUGAAAGCACUGAUUCUGUCAUCGAUUACGUGCGUGGCAUUUCACUGAAUUUUGUAAAUGAUGACGUUCCUUACUUGUUUUACCCAUUCUAUAAUAAAGUAUAUUUAUCUUGAUAUUUAAUGAUAAAAAGCGUAAAAAGCUCAUUGGAUUGUAUGCAUCUUGGGGUUCCUCGCAAACACCGCGAAAACUUUUAGUCACUCGGUCAUAAAGAGUACGAUGUAAUUAGAAUUAAGCGUAGUUUGAUGUUUCAACGGAUAUGGAAUAUUCAAGAAAUAAAAUGGAAGAUAAAAGAA